AUGGACUCGGACCCGGUGCUGGGCUCGGAUGCGUUGAUGAGGCAUAUCAUUCUUGCCCUAGACGGCGCAAGGCAGCAUGUGACUCUGCAGAGCUGCGCUGCGUCUUGUCGACGUGUGUGGCGGGCGAUCAAAUUUGCUUUCAUCCACGCCAAGGGUCAGUAUCCAGUGAAACUAAUAAAGGUCACUAGAGUGGCCAGGGCCAGGGCCUAUACCUUUGCAACUUCUUCUGGCGAAACUUUCACUUUGCGUGGCAAUGAUGUGCCAGUUCGCUUCCAAGAGGAAUUCGGUCGCCGGCUGCUGGAGCCUGAAUCUCGGGAGUGCCAGGUCAAGCCCCGAGUGGGACGCUUGCUACAGUUCUCCUCGCGCUCGCAAUCCAUGAGCUGCCGAGCGCAAUGGCAGCGCGCCCAGAAAGCGCGUCGUAGCGGUGGAGUUCUGGCCGCUGUCAAGGAAUGCCAAGUUGUCGCCGCAUUGAAACUUGUAUACACCCAUGAAUCCCCGACCGGAGUCUAUUUCUUCCUGGCUGAGUUGCUCGGCUCCUUUGCAGAAAGGGAGUGCGUGGAUCUGAAAAUGCUGUCCCGCAAGCAGCGCCUCUGCUUUCUGAGGCGAUGCUUUUCCCUCGUCUGGUACGACUGCGCAUGCACGCUCAAGAGGUUCAUCCGUGGCAAGGCCCGCGCGCGCCUCAACAAAGUCAGCCGCACGCUCAGCAAAUUACGGCUCGUCGUGGACAAGUUCCAUUUCCGCAAGGGACACGCCGGCUGUCGCCCUGGUGGAACUCACCCGCUGAAGGCUGUCUGGCCCAGCAGCCAUGCUGCUAGAUUUCCUAGCAUUAAUGACAGCGCAGCUGAACAGGCUUUUGCUUUCGUGCGCCGUGUGGCAGUCGCCGCACGACGCAUGACCCCUGUCCGUGGCCUGCUCUUCAUCACCCUGAUGCAGCAUGUGCGCAAUCUCCACCUUGAAGUCCGUGGACGUGGCCGAAAACACGCAUCCGAACAGCGGAGCAAGAGCUUUCGCGCCUACCGAAGGUACGCGGAAGCAGCUGAAGGCCUGCCCUUCCGGAAACGUGCCCGCGAGCGAGCCGGAUCAUGA